AGGAGAGAAAAAAGCCGCAGGCCCACAGACUUUGGCUCUGCAAAGACCAUCUUCCUUCAUGUAUCAGAUCUUUGCUUUUGGAGAUAAAUUACUGUCUUUGUGAGAUCCAUCCGCAACCUCUUCAUGCAGUUCAACAUCUUAAGAGCGAAAGCGACUUUGUAGAGAUAGCGGGGGGGAAAAUUCACCCUGUUGGAAACUACACCGGAGUUAGAAAGAUAAAAUGGACGUCGAAAAGCCAGCAGGACUGGGAGGCACAAAAGGCCCCGCUGCCUUUGAGGAUGGGACUAGUAGCGUGUCAUGGAAAAACACCAGGCAGAAGAUCCUGCAUGAGGAAACCGUCAGUUCCGACGUCCAUCGCUUGUUCUUCAGGAAUUUCUGCUAUCAAAAGGCCAAGGGGCCCAGAGAGGUUUGUAGCCAACUCCACCAGCUUUGCCACCAGUGGCUGAAGCCAGAAAGUAGCACCAAAGCUCAGAUGGUGGACAUGGUGGUGCUGGAGGAGUUCCUGGCUGUCCUGCCCCCGGAAAUGGAGAGCUGGGUGAGGGAAUGUGGAGCGAAGACUUGUUCCCAGGCGGUGGCCCUGGCCGAAGGUUUCCUCCUGAGUCAAGCAACUGAUGAGGGGCUAGUAGAGAAGCAGGUGCCAGAAGCAUUGGCGGAGAUGGUCUCAGCACAACACAAAGAAAGGGAAGAUUUUUCCACUUCUUCUCGGGAGCAGCUGUUUGAGAAGAUCUCCAAGGAGGAUCCAACUCAAGUCACCUCCCGAUGGAACGGAAAGGCGUCGGUGGUAAUCCCUGAAACACCUCCCAUUUGUGAUGAAGCAGAAACAGAGUUUGGGUCUCCAUCUCAGGCCUCCGUGUCCUUUGAGGAGGUGGCUGUGUAUUUUGUGGCGGAGGAGUGGGAGAUUCUGGAUUCCAACCAAAAAGCUUUGCACAGGGAAGUCAUGCUGGAAAAUUCUCAACACGUGACCGCUCUGGCCUGUGAACAGGAAUCAGAAAAUUAUAAGGAGGAGAAUGCAGCACGGUUGCAAACAGCCCAAAAUGAAGCUGAGGAAGAGACGUUUGGAAAUAAAGGGGAAACAAACAGUAGUGAAAAAACCUGUGAUGUAAACGGAAAGCAGAAUUCCUGCCCAUUGGGAGGCAUGGAAGCACCCGACACCCCGAGCGAAGAGUGCAGAGAGGGCGUCAGUGAGAGCAGCGACCUCACGAAGCAUGAAGGAAUCCACAGUGGGCAGAAGCCGUACGUAUGCAUGGACUGUGGUAAGAGCUUCUGGCAGAGAGCUCAGUUCAGGAUCCAUGAAAGAAUCCACACUGGGGAGACACCGUUUAAGUGUGCUGAGUGUGGAAAGGGCUUCACGGUGAGAGGUCACCUUAUCAACCACGAAAGAAUCCAUACGGGGGAGAAGCCCUUCAAGUGCAUGGACUGUGGCAAGAGCUUCAGUCACAACAGUGCUCUUUCUCGUCACGAAAGGACCCACACCGGGGAGAAGCCUUUCAAGUGCACGGACUGUGGAAAGGGCUUCUGUCAUGGAGGCAAACUUCGGAUCCACGAAAGAAUCCACACAGGGGAGAAACCGUUUAAAUGUACGGAGUGUGGAAAGGGCUUCAGCAUGACGGGGCACCUUGCAAAUCAUGAAAGGAUCCACACAGGGGAGAAGCCCUUUAAAUGCACGGACUGCGGCAAGAGUUUCAACCAGAACAGCAGCCUAAUGACCCACAAAAGAAUCCACACGGGGGAGAAGCCAUAUCAUUGUCUGGAAUGUGGAAAGAGCUUUAGUCACAACAGUGCCCUUACUCGUCACGAAAGGACCCACACCGGGGAGAAACCUUUUGAGUGCCCGGACUGUGGAAAGAGUUUCAGUCAAAACAGCAGCCUAAUGACACACAAAAGAAUCCACACAGGGGAGAAGCCGUAUCGCUGUCUGGAGUGUGGAAAAAGCUUUAGUCACAACAGUGCUCUUACUCGCCACGAGAGGAUCCACACCGGGGAGAAACCUUUUGAGUGCCCAGACUGUGGAAAGAGUUUCAGUCAAAACAGCAGCCUAAUGGCCCACAAAAGAAUCCACACGGGGGAGAAGCCGUAUCAAUGUCUGGAGUGUGGAAAGAGCUUCUGUCAGAGUGGCCAAUAUAUGAUGCACAAAAGGAUCCACACAGGAUAGACACCAAAUGCAUGGUGUGCGUGUACGACUUUAUUCCAGUAGUAAAUGUAUGAAACAAAAAAAUCAACCAGAGAGAAGCCAUCUGGAUCCUUGAAGUGCAGGAGUGAAUUUUGCAUCAAAUGAAAGGUCAAGGGAGAAUAUGUGAUGUGUAGAGUGAUGUUAGAGCACAUGACAUAAUCAGUAUAAUUAUAAAUGCCUUGGAGUGAGGGAAAAGGACUCCAGAUAGUGCUUGACUUAUGGACAGGGCACAGAAAUAACACAGGCAGCUGGCCGUUCAAACGGCCCCUUUAUUGCUCCAAAUGUCUCCAUACGCGCCCAUGUUUCUGGCAAGUCCCAGAGCAGAAGUGAUGACACACCACUCACACACUCCAAGCAGCCUCUGGCUGCAAAUAAUCCAGCCCAAUGCUGUGAGCACCACAGCUGCAAAGCAAGAAAUCCAGCAGGGCAAGUCCAGGAAUCAAAGGAGCAAGGCAAGGAUCCAAAAACCCACAAAGAUUGCAAGGAAUUCAGGAAAGUUCAAACAUCAGCACUCAAAACUCCACGAAUUCAGCGUUUGUUCCCAACAAAUGCCUCUCCCCACAGCGUUUCCUUAAGCUCUUCUCCCGAUUAGGCGGGUUAGUCUGUGCUAUUCUCGCCUUCUCUCCACUCUCCGUGCUCGAGUAUCAGGAGGGGCAGUUUCUGCUCCUCCUCUGAGCUCUGCCUCUCAUUGCUCAUUGCUCACUGCUUAGUGUCUCUUGGUCAUCCUGCCCCCAUUCCUCCUUGCUUCAAGCUGUCCUAAUUCUGAAAGGGUCUGGCCUGACUGGGCCUGCUCUCCCCAUUCUCCAAAGCCAACAAAGCCGCCCCCUAGAUUUCAGUCCAGUUCCAGCUUGUCUUCCCCCGCAGAUUCAGGCUCCGAUGGGGGCAUGACAGCUUACAACUAUUUAGAGAUUGUUCAGUUAUGAUAGCAUUGGGGAAAAAAGGCUUAUGAUCGGUCCUCGCACUUAUGACCAUUGCAGCAUCCCCACAGUCAUGUGAUCAAAAUUUAUGACGGUUGCGGCAUCCCUUUAUUGCAGCCAGGUAGCUGCUAAUUCCACAGCCCUUUGACCAGUUUCCGGUGGGGGGGGGUGUCUUGCCCCUAAACUGAAGUACAUUCAAUAAUUGCCCUAGUGUUACUUCUAUUAUUUUAUCCUAAUUUUAAUCUUAUCUUUUGGGCAUAACCUUUUUCUAUCUAAAUCAGCAAAUCUUGCUCAUAAUUCCCAUACCUCUUUUCUGGUACCGUAGAUGUCAAGCCAGCCUCCCUCAGCAACCAAGAAAGAAACCACUUAAUUCAAUUUCGCAGAAUUAAGAGUACUUUUA